AUGUUGACCCCAGAUGCGCGACUUAACAACAAGAUGAUUCUCGACCGCCUAGACGAGCUCGAGGGUGAACGUGACCAAGCCCUACUUUGCAUUCAAAACUACCAGCAAGCCGCAGCUCGGUUCUAUAACAAGCAAGUUCGCACGAGGAUGUUCGUCGAAGGAGACCUUAUACUCAGAAAGGUUUUCGAAAACACGAAGGAAGUUAACGCUGGCAAACUCGGUGCAAAUUGGGAAGGUCCCUAUAUCAUCUCCAAGGUCGUUCGCCCCGGAGUUUAUGAGUUACUCACAAUGGCAGGAGACCCGAUCCCGAGAUCCUAG